AUGAACAUCAGCGUGGACUUCCCGGCCCAGCUGCAGCUCCAGCCCGGGCCUCAGCAGCUCCCUGUGAUCUGUCUCACCUUCCUGGCUGUUUUCUUGCAGUUUCGUGGAGAGCCCAACCCUGGAGACCUGAUUGAGAUUUCCCGCAUCGGCCCCUCACACUGGGCCCUCUACGUGGGCGAUGGUUAUGUGAUCCACCUGGCACCCCCAGAUGAGUUCCCUGGGGCCGGCUCCUCCAGCAUGUCCUCCGUGCUGAGCCCCAGAGGAAAGGUGAAAAGGGAGCUCCUGAGUGACGUGGUGGGGGGCUGCAGCUAUCGGAUCAACAACCACUUGGACCUGGAGUACUCGCCACUGCCCGUGAACAAGAUUAUCAGGUCUGCGGAGGAGAUGGUCGGUAAGGAGAUGGAAUAUGGUAUUCUGAACAGGAAGCGUGAGCACUUUGUCAACGAUCUGAGAUAUGGCAAGGCCAACAGUCGGAAGAUUCGUGAAGAGCCCAAACCUGGAGACCUGAUUGAGAUUCCCCGCAUUGCCUACUCACACUGGGCCCUCUAUGUGGGCGAUGGUUAUGUGAUCCACCUGGCUCCCCCAGAUGAGUACCCUGGGGCUGGCUCCUCCAGCCUCUUCUCCGUGCUGAGCCCCAGAGGGAUGGUGAAGAGGGAGCUCCUGAGUGACGUGGUGGGGGGCUGCGGCUAUCGGAUCAACAACCACUUGGACCUGGAGUACUCGCCACUGCCCGUGAACAAGAUUAUCAGUUCUGCGGAGGAGAUGGUUGGUAAGGAGAAGGAGUACAGUAUUGUGAACGAGAACUGUGAGCACUUUGUCACCUCUCUGAGAUACGGCAAGGCCCGCAGCCUGCAGGCAGAAAACUUCGUGACCGAUCCAAAUAAGUACCUUGGAAAUGCAGCUUGGACUGCUCUCACCUGUUCUGUCAUGAAGAAGCCAUUGCCCAACACCAGUGACAGCCUGAAGGGGCAGGAAACCCCGCAUUAGAAGCCGCUGUAGAGCUGACCUCCCACAGUCCGUCCCCCUGACCCGAGCUCACGGGCAACCUGUCUCUCACUGUCCCUCUCUCACUGGCUGAAGGAUGGACUGAUUGUGCCAAGACUGAGAAAUUCAUACGUAAACCUACAUACCCUCCAGGGAGGGGUUCCGCUCCUUCUGUGGCUCCUAAAGCAGAACGGAAGCACCUGGGCACCUGGUGGGGACCCAGCGUUUGCUGUCCGUGUGACCUGGAGAAAGCUCUGGACUCUCAGUUUUGUUUUUCUUUCAUAUUUUUUUCAGAGA